UAAUCUCCAGGGAAACGGGCACGUUCGGGGUAAUGAGCGGUACCGGUCAGCGACUUUAGAAGAAAAAAAAGAAGAAAGAGGAGGUGAGAGGCAGUGAGAGAGGCAGAAAGAGAGAGGGAAAGAGAAGGAGAGAGAGGAGAGAACAGCGCCGAGGAUGAGCCUAAAGCUGUUUGGACCCUAAGGGCAGCGUUUCCCCCGCUCUCUCUCUCUGACUGAGACCUGCAUGUCCUGGACUGAUCGAGGAGCUCCUCUUCCCCCCUCAGAGCGCGUUAGUGAGAGUGUGCAUGAGCUGUAGCCCCGUCUGAACCGGCCUGAUGAUCCGGCCCGGCUGCAGUCCCCCUGUGCUCUGAGCUUCAGAUGGACUGUGUGCGCUCAGCACUGAGCACUAAAAUGCAUUGGGUCACUCUGCUGCUGGCCGGCAUCACUUUCUGGGGCAGAGUGUCCGUGAACAGCUGCUUAGACUACGAAGACACAUACGACUAUUAUGAAGAGGAGAAAACGGACUCUAUAGACUACAAAGAUCCCUGCAAAGCUGCGGUCUUUUGGGGAGAUAUUGCCUUGGACGAGGAGGAUCUGAAGAUGUUUCAGGUUGACAGGACAAUAGACCUCGCGCAACAAACACACAUGAGGCAAGGCCACACGUCAGGUGGAUUAGGAGAGCAUGACGCCACUAGAAAGCGAAGCUCAUUAUACUUUCUGCUAGACAGAAUACGGCGACUGGGGUUUGAUUCGUGGUCUAAGAACUCCAGCAAGGAGGAGAGUUUGCAGGCUGGCUCACGGAAUGGGGGCACUGGGGUUAGAGGGAGAGGGGCUAGAGGGGGUAAAUCUCGAGUCCCACGGGCUGCUACUUCCAGAGCCGAGCGAAUCUGGCCUGGGGGAGUGAUCCCCUACGUUAUAGGAGGCAACUUCACUGGCAGUCAGAGGGCGAUGUUUAAGCAGGCUAUGAGACACUGGGAAAAACAGACAUGUGUGACCUUCAUCGAGAAAACUGAUGAAGAGAGCUACAUCGUCUUCACCUACCGACCCUGCGGGUGCUGUUCCUAUGUGGGCCGCCGUGGGAACGGGCCUCAGGCCAUCUCCAUCGGUAAAAACUGCGACAAGUUCGGCAUAGUGGUUCACGAGCUGGGUCAUGUGAUUGGAUUCUGGCACGAGCACACGCGGCCCGACCGUGACGAUCAUGUGACCAUCAACAGAGAAAACAUUCAGCCAGGUCAGGAGUAUAACUUCCUGAAGAUGGAGCCCGGAGAGGUGAACUCUCUUGGAGAGCCGUAUGACUUUGACAGCAUCAUGCAUUACGCCAGAAAUACCUUCUCCAGGGGAAUGUUUUUGGACACUAUCCUCCCCUCUCGUGAUGAGAAUGGUGUGCUGCCUGCUAUUGGCCAGAGAACGAGGCUCAGUAAAGGGGACAUUUCUCAGGCCAAAAAGCUCUACAGAUGCCCAGCAUGUGGUGAGACAUUGCAGGACUCGAUGGGGAACUUUUCAUCUCCUGGUUACCCAAACGGAUACCCUUCAUACACACACUGUGUCUGGAGGAUCUCUGUCACACCUGGGGAGAAGAUAGUGCUCAACUUCACCACGAUGGACCUGUACAAGAGCAGCCUGUGCUGGUACGACUACAUUGAGGUGCGGGAUGGAUACUGGAGGAAAGCCCCUUUGCUAGGCCGUUUCUGCGGUGAUAAGGUUCCAGAAAUGCUGAUCUCCACUGAGAGUCGGAUGUGGAUUGAGUUCCGCAGCAGCAGUAACUGGGUGGGAAAGGGCUUUGCUGCCGUUUAUGAAGCAAUUUGUGGAGGUGACAUCAGUAAGGACUCGGGCCAGAUUCAAUCUCCAAACUACCCUGACGACUACAGGCCAUCGAAGGAGUGCGUGUGGAGGAUCACUGUGUCUGAGGGCUACAACGUGGGCCUCAGCUUUCAGGCCUUUGAGAUCGAGAGACAUGACAGCUGUGCUUAUGACUACCUAGAGGUGCGUGACGGCCUAUCUGAGAGCAGCCCUCUGAUUGGUCGAUUCUGCGGCUAUGACAAACCUGAGGACAUUCGUUCCACUUCCAACACACUUUGGAUGAAAUUCGUCUCAGAUGGAACUGUCAAUAAAGCUGGCUUUGCUGCUAACUUCUUUAAAGAGGAGGAUGAGUGUGUGAAGCCAGAUAAUGGAGGCUGUGAGCAGAGGUGUGUGAACACAUUGGGAAGCUUCAAGUGUGCGUGUGAUCCUGGAUAUGAACUGGCCCCAGACAAAAAAAGUUGUGAAGCUGCCUGUGGAGGUUUAUUGUCUAAGCUGAAUGGGACGAUCACAACCCCAGGCUGGCCUAAAGAAUACCCUCCCAAUAAGAACUGCGUGUGGCAGGUGGUCGCCCCCACACAGUACCGCAUAUCCAUGCAGUUUGAAGCCUUCGAACUGGAGGGGAACGAGGUGUGUAAGUACGACUUUGUGGAAGUGCGGAGCGGCUUGUCGUCAGACUCUAAGCUUCAUGGGAAAUACUGUGGCACGGAGGUGCCUGAGGUCAUCACUUCCCAGUACAACAACAUGCGCAUCGAGUUCAAGUCAGACAACACCGUCUCCAAGAAAGGCUUCAAAGCUCACUUCUUUUCCGAUAAGCCCGCCUCCUGCAUGCAGCGACUUUUUAUCUUUUUGUCCUGCCAGGACGUAGCUCCACCUCCCUCUGUCCGUUUGAUUGGCCGACAGGCCGCCUCAGGGCAGGUCACAGAUAAGGACGAAUGUUCUAAGGAUAACGGCGGAUGCCAGCAUGAGUGCAUCAACACCAUCGGCAGCUACGUGUGUCAGUGCCGCAACGGCUUCGUUCUGCAUGAGAACAAACAUGACUGCAAAGAAGCUGAGUGUGAGCACACAAUCCACAGCCCAAGCGGCACCAUCAGCAGCCCCAACUGGCCUGAUAAAUACCCCAGCAGGAAGGAAUGCACGUGGGACAUCACCGCUACGCCGGGCCACCGUGUCAAAAUUACGUUUAGUGAAUUCGAGAUCGAGCAGCAUCAGGAGUGCGCGUACGAUCACCUGGAGGCCUUUGAUGGUGACUCGGAUAAAGCGGCCAUUCUGAGUCGCCUUUGUGGCAGCAAGAUCCCGGAACCCCUCGUCUCCACUGGCAACAAGAUGUACCUUCGCUUUAUCUCUGAUGCCUCAGUGCAGCGCAAGGGCUUCCAGGCUACACACUCCACAGAGUGUGGAGGAAGGCUGAAAGCAGAGGCCAGGCAGAAGAACCUGUACUCUCACGCGCAGUUUGGGGACAAUAACUACCCAGGACACAUGGACUGCGAGUGGCUGAUCACGGCGGAGGCUGGUUACAGCAUCGAGCUGACCUUCACCACUUUUGAAGUAGAGGAAGAGGCCGACUGCGGCUACGACUACAUCGAGCUCUAUGAUGGCCAUGACACUUCAGCCCACAAACUCGGACGCUUCUGCGGCUCAGGGCCUCGUGAGGAGCUAUAUUCAGCUGGCGACGCUGUAUUGAUUCGUUUCCACAGUGAUGACACCAUCAGCAAGAAAGGCUUCCACAUCCGCUACACCAGCACCAAGUUUCAGGAGGCGUUACAUAUGCACAAGUAAUGCUGUCACACGCACUCGCAUGCAAUCCUCCUGAAAGAAGGGGAAUGCUGACAGAAGGACAGGAAAAAAUGUCACCAAAGGAGAAGUCAAAUCCCCACACAUCAAUGAAUAACGCAGUCAAAGACUUUGCCACGUUUUCCUGCACUGGAUUUUUACCUCCUUGCAUUAUUACAUGUCCAGCCACUUUUGAGACUGCUGUCACACUCAAAGCUCCAAACAGAUUCCCUGAAACUCGGGGCAACUCCGCCCAUUUUGCCACAGAGAGAUGCUUGACUUGACCAAGGUAGUUAUGCUGCUCUCUGAUUGGGCCAAUACUGCAGACUCAUCCAUAUAUACUAUAAUAUCCUCCUCCACGCAGUCACUCAAAUAUCCUCUAAAACUGAUUAUGCUGACUCCCUCCUGUUCAGGAGAGAAGCUUAUACGUAGAUGCUGCACUCCAGCACGAAGAAAGACAGAGCGGGACAUUUACAAGCCUGUGAAAGAGUAUGAGUGUACGCGUGCGUACGUAUGUAUGCAUGUAUGUAUGUGUUUUGUAUUGAAACUUUACAAGUUCCAGACAACAUGGGAAGUAUGAUUCUAAGAAAUUGAGCUGCUGUUGUCACACUAUACCUCAGCUAUAAUGCGCGUGCGUGUGUGUCGACUGCGUGUGCUGCAUGCGCACAUUUUCCUUUAGGCGUUUGAGUUGUCUGUGGGUUUUUCCUCUAAAAAGGAUGAAAACAAGAGGAAUGCUUUAAUGUCAAUGCAUUGUCUGUGACUGUUUACAUGUGUGCGUGUAUGUAUUCCACUCCGUAACGAUGAAACGCAAGGAUACUGCUUUCUUUGAAGCCCUAAAUGCUAUGAAACCUUCAUCAGAAUCUUUUCUUCUUACGGUUUUCCAACAGGCUUUUGAGAUCUAUUAAUCAAACCUUAAACGUCCAUUCACUUUCAAAGAGAGCGUCAAGUCUGCAGUUAGAUUUGUUUUUCAGAAAUGUUUGUUUGUACUGAGAUUAUAUCCACUAACAUAUCUGACUACUUAAUGAGAACCACAAGUGAACUGUAAUGACUGAAUCAUGUUGAGAACAUUGUUUUGUUUGAAAGUUGCAUGUGUGCGUGUAUGUGGGUGUAUGCGUGUUUGACGAGGCCGCGUUUUUCCUCACUUGAGGUUGUAGUGGACACUCAAGAGGAAGACGCAAAGCUGUAAACAGGAAGCAAAGCCUUGCAUAAAGUGCUUGUUACAGUCGUGAUGACAUAAUACAGCCCCUAUCAUCCUGUGCGCUUAACAUGCACUUAACACAAAGGAAGCGGAUAGAAGACUGUAUCCGACCGCGUGCUUUCCGAAUGAUGCUCUCCGACCAGUGGGCUUGGACAAUUUGAGCUAAACUCACGAAUGCAAACUGAGCUUAAACCCGCUCACUCACAGGGAACUCAGCAACUUUUACUAGAACAGUCAGUGACGACCUGUCAGCUGGGUCUUUUUUCCCUUGGAAGGCAAGGAGAUGGCAAGGCAAUCGCUACAGAAGGGAAUUCCUAAUGGUGCUACUCAAUGUUAUGAAACUACAAAUCCCACAAGGCAACGCUCCAGCCACUCAUUGUGUGACGGAGAGGCAGCGUUGAGGGGAACGCUGCUCAAAUAUUGGAACACGACCCACUCCCAACAUUGACAUGCACCACUGUCGUGGAAGAACAACUAUUGCCUUAGAACCAAAAUGUAUAUUCUUGCACAUGAGGAUGUUUAUGUAGAUAAUAAUCUUUGUUGUUGUCAUUGUUUUUGGUUCUUUUUUUAAUUAUUAAUGUAUUUUAUUUGAUAUUGAAUUUCAUGAACUUGAACAUUCAUCUUUAAAAAAAGACUGACCUGAAAUCGCUCCUCUUUCCCUACAAGUUUACACACAUCCUCACAUCCUUGCGCACACACACACACACACACUCAACACACACUUCGAUGGUGAUAUGCGAUUUCAUAUUUGCAACAAGUUGCAACAAGACACGGUGCAAGCAUGAUGAGCGGUUGUGUGCGUGUGUGCAGGCGUGUUUAUGUGUGUGAGUGUGACAAUACCCAACACACCCAUGGCUCUGUGACUCUUUUUGACUGUUUCUGGUGUGGGUAUCUCUUUAUGUGCCAAGCUCCUGUCUAUCCCUAAUCACAUUUAUGAAAUAUAAAAUAUGAUUUUCUCCACUAUCUGUAUCUGCCUGAAGAAAAACACUCCUCAUUCUAUUGGUGAAUAAACUCAUGUCAGGUCAAA